CUGCAAAAACUCUCAAAGUAGCUUCACCAUUUCCUCAAGGGUUACUCUCUCUCAUCCUUCUCUCUCCUCUCUCCGUCACAAAUUUAAACCCCUUUAAAUGGCAUUGUCUGCAACAAAAAUCUUGACUAUCUAGAGAGAGAAACAAACGGAUAUACACAGAGAGAGAGAGAGAGAGAGAGAGAGAGAGAGAGAGAGAGAGAGUUAUAUAUGGAGACGAAGGUUAUGGUGAUAGGUGAAGUAGUACCAUGCAUGUUAAUGGUGUUAAUGGAAGUUUGCACCAUCGGGUUAACGAUACUGGCUAGUACUGUCUUGUCGAAAGGGCUAAGUCCUUUUGUGUUCGUCGUCUACACCAACGCCCUUUCUUCGAUCUUUCUCCUCCCAUACAACUCCUUCAUCGGUCGUAGAAACAAGAGAGACGAUCUUAUCCCGCAGUUUCUUCUUCUCGGUUUCGUAGGGGUGACAAUGGCGCAAAAUCUAGCGUUUGUUGGCUUGAGUUAUAGUUCACCGAUCGUUGCUUGUGGAAUGGGCAAUUUAAUCCCCUCUAUUUCGUUCAUUCUGGCUGCUCUUUGCAGAAGAACAAACGUGGAUCUGAAAAGUUCAAGUACGCGAGCGAAAUUGAUUGGUACUUUGAUAUCGAUCAUCGGAGCUGUGUCCCUAACUCUCUACAGGGGUCCGGUGAUCAAGGACUCUUCGGCCCAUCUUCGGUUGGCUCCUCGAUUGUUCGUUUUCUUAUCAAACAACGAACAUUGGGUUGUUGGUUGCAUUCUUUUCGCAACUGCUUCUCUGACGUUCUCAGUAUGGAACAUUCUUCAGGUGGGAACUCUUGAAAAAUGCCCAGACGUGAUGACAGUGGCUUCUAGUUAUAGCUUGUUUGGGACAGUGCAAUCGGCCUUGCUUGCUUUAAUCAUUGAAAGAGACCCUAAUGCUUGGCGGUUGCAAUUUGACAUGGGACUCCUUGUCAUUGUCUCGACAGCAGUAUUUGCAAGCCUGAUUAAAAGCCAUGUACACAUGUGGUGCAUACAAAGAAAAGGCCAGUUUUAUGUGACUAUGUUCAGACCUCUCGGGGUUCCAAUAGCUAGCACGUUUGGUUGCAUCUUCUUUGCUGAAACUUUUCAUUAUGGAAGCAUGAUGAGUGCAGCAAUUACAGGAAUCGGAUAUUACACAAUGAUGUGGGGCCAAAUGAGAGAGGAUGAAAGUAGGAGGGGUAAAGUGGAUUUAGUGGAAGAGAGAACUCCUCUUUUGCAAGAAGAGGAUCAAGUUUAAAUUAGGGACUUUCAUUUCAUAUAUAGAGUUAAUAAUGGCGAGGGUUUGUUUUAGAGGCCCUAUGAGCUUGUGUGUGCAUAGUAAAUACUAAUGUACAUUACUAUAUUUUUGAUAAUACAAAUUUAUAUAUUAUUUUA